AUGGCGCGGAAGAAGAUCCGGGAGUACGACUCCAAGCGCCUCCUCCGGGAGCACCUCAAGCGCCUCGCCGGCAUCGACCUCAAGAUCCUCUCCGCGCAGGUCACACAGUCAACGGAUUUCACUGAGCUUGCAAACCAGGAGCCAUGGCUCUCAUCUAUGAAGUUGGUUGUGAAACCUGACAUGCUCUUUGGGAAACGUGGGAAGAGUGGACUUGUGGCCCUCAACCUAGAUCUUGCCCAAGUUCGCCAAUUUGUCAAGGAGCGGUUGGGAGUUGAGGUCGAGAUGGGUGGCUGCAAAGCUCCAAUUACAACCUUCAUAGUUGAGCCAUUUGUACCGCAUGACCAAGAGUAUUACCUUUCGAUUGUAUCAGAAAGGCUUGGCAGCACCAUUAGUUUCUCAGAGUGUGGAGGUAUUGAGAUCGAGGAGAACUGGGACAAGGUUAAGACUAUCUUUCUUCCCACAGAGAAGCAAAUGACACCUGACGCAUGUGCUCCAUUGAUCGCCACCCUGCCAUUGGAGGUCCGCACAAAAAUAGGUGAUUUCAUUAGAGGUGUAUUUUCUGUUUUCCAAGACUUGGAUUUCUCAUUUCUUGAGAUGAACCCAUUUACCUUGGUAAAUGGUGAACCGUAUCCUCUGGAUAUGAGAGGAGAACUAGAUGACACAGCUGCUUUCAAGAACUUUAAUAAGUGGGGUAACAUUGAGUUCCCUCUACCUUUUGGAAGAGUUCUCAGUCCCGCAGAAAGCUUUAUCCAUGAGCUGGAUGAGAAGACAAGUGCUUCUCUGAAAUUCACAGUACUGAACCCAAAAGGACGCAUUUGGACAAUGGUUGCAGGUGGUGGUGCUAGUGUCAUAUAUGCGGAUACUGUUGGAGAUUUGGGAUAUGCUUCGGAGCUAGGAAAUUAUGCAGAGUACAGUGGGGCUCCCAAAGAGGAGGAGGUUCUGCAGUAUGCUAGAGUGGUUCUGGAUUGUGCUACCACUGAUCCUGAUGGCCGUAAGAGGGCCCUUCUUAUCGGAGGAGGUAUUGCUAACUUCACCGAUGUUGCGGCAACAUUUAAUGGCAUCAUUCGGGCUCUAAGAGAGAAGGAAUCCAAAUUGAAAGCUGCAAGAAUGAACAUUUAUGUCCGGAGAGGUGGUCCAAACUACCAAACUGGACUCACUAAAAUGCGCACCCUAGGUGCGGAACUUGGCGUUCCAAUUGAGGUUUAUGGACCAGAGGCGACCAUGACUGGGAUCUGCAAAGAAGCCAUUGAUUGCAUCAUGGCCGCGUAA